UGUGUUUUGGAAGUUGGCCGGCGAGAGAUCGGAUAUAGUAAAAUUGGUCGUGAAGGGUUGGGAUGGGUGACUGAUUGUAUUGAUUAUUUUGUUCAUUCUUUUCAAGUCGAAGUGCAAUUUGUUGAAGGUUAUUCCAUAGUUUAUCCAUUAAGGCUUG